AUGGACGACCUCAUAAACAUAAAAUCUCCCCCCUCGACGUCGCUGGUAUCGACGGAGACUGCGACUGCAACUGACAUGUCCUUCUCGCAGGCGCUGGCGAACAGUAAUCCAUCUGAAGAGGCAUCCAUAUUCGUGGCAGCACAGCGGGGCGACGUUGAGCUGAUGCGUGAGCUCAUAAACUCAGGCAAGGCGAACGCAACCGACCGGGAUCCGCAAAACAUCACCCCACUUCAUUGGGCAGCCAUCAACGCCCACGUUGCUGCAUGUCGGUUUCUCCUCGAGCAAGGUGCUGAGGUCGAUGCCCAGGGCGGUGACCUCGUAGCGACCCCGAUGCAGUGGGCGGCGCGUAAUGGAUAUCUCUACGUCAUUCACCUCCUCAUUUCUCACAACGCCGACCCUACGAUCACCGACUCGCAAGGAUACAACUCGCUACAUCUCGUCACCCACUCCUCGUCCAUUAUGCCACUGCUCUACCUUUUGCACCAACCCAUCAAUGUCGAUUCUCGCGACUCGCAAGGACACACGUCACUUAUGUGGGCCGCAUACCAAGGAGAUGCGUUGUCCGUGGACCUCCUGCUUAGGCAUGGUGCCAAUCCGAAUCUCAAAGACGAUGCCGGGCUGUCGCCCCUUCAUUGGGCUGUAGUGAGAGGCAACAGGAUCGCCAUUCGCAGGCUCAUUGAAAAGGGUGCCGAUUUGGCUGCCAAGGACGGAGAGGGACGCACGCCGAGAGAUAUGGCUGUCGAGUUGAAGAGCUUAGGUGCUUGGAAACGUGCUCUCGAGGAGGGAGGAAUGGAUGAAUACGGGGUCAAGCGAGGAAAGCCUCUCAGCGAUCGAAACACCAAAAUCGCCAUCUUCAUUUUGCCUGCAAUCUUCUUCUAUCUAAUGUUCAUGACUCUUACGUUCCUACCAUGGUACACUGGCAUUCUACUUGCUUUGGCGGAAUUCUUUGGGAUGCAUCAUAUCGUUACGCGAGUUCUUUUGAACAAGGCGACAUAUACGGACAGUGUAAAUCAAACACCUUAUUUCGCCGGGAUAAUCUCUGGAUCUAUUCUCUGGGUGCUCUACUCUUGGUUUACACGGCUCGUUCAGCAAACACAGGAUCAUGCCCUGUCGCACUUCCUAUUCGCAAUCAUCCUCGGCCUGUGUACCUACAAUUUCUUCCGUGCUGUGACCCUCGACCCUGGCACUUGCCCUAAACCAGCAAGUGAUGAGGAACUGAAAUCUAUAAUAGAAGACUUGGCGUCGGAAGGCCGUCUAAAUGGCCAGACGUUCUGCAUUCAGUGCAUGGCCCGCAAACCUCUUCGCUCAAAACACUGUCGUGUAUGCGAUAAAUGCAUUGCUCGAAGCGACCACCACUGUCCUUGGGUAUGGAAUUGCGUUGGCUCCAAUAACCAUCGCCAAUUCUUGCUCUUCGUCAUAACACUUGUGGUGGGGAUCGGCCUUUUCGAUUACCUUACAUAUGCUUACUUCUCAACAAUACCCAAAGCGACCCCGGGCGAGAUAUCACCUUCCUGUCCCCUUCCUGGCGAUCUAUGUGCUGUCACUUCGAAAGAUCCUUUCCUCGUGUCCGUUGCCGUCUGGGCCACCCUCCAGCUGACAUGGACGUCCGUCCUUCUCGCGUCUCAGCUGUGGCAAGUCGCAAGGCAGAUGACGACCCUGGAAGUGUCGAACCUCGGUCGCUACGGGUUCAUGGGCGGUCGUGGCGGUGCCUCUCUUUCCGGACAGAUGGGACAUCGACACCAGCACCGGUCUGAUAGUGUCCUUCCAGGCGUUGACACUGAAGACACUGCCCUUGUCGGCUCCGAUACAGGCGCACCCGCAGCUGGCGUCGUCCAUCGCCACUCGGGUGUAUGCGCAGGCUGUGGAACUAGCUUCCUCAUGAAUCUUCUCGGCUUCGACAGGUUCACGAAGGGUAAGGCUGUCGAUGGUCUAGCACGUGCUAGCAAGGCGAGCAAUCCGUUCGACUUGGGUAUCGUCGGAAAUUGCAAGGACUUCUGGACAGCUGGGAGAGAGCUUGGGGUCGAGUAUGAGAAGCUGUAUGAUGUGCCACUGGAGGGAUUCCGAGAGGCCAAGCUGAGGAGGGUGAGAGAAGAGGAAGAGGAUGGUCCUCGGAAACCUUCUGGCCGGAAGGGGAUCUUCAUGGGUUUCGGAUUGGGAAGGGCUAGCAGUAGCCGUGGAGGGUACGAGCCUGUCAGCCAGGUUUAG